AUGGGUAAAAAAGACAAAAAAACCGCCAAAGGGCGCUUGGACAAGUUUUACUACUUAGCCAAAGAACAAGGAUAUCGUGCCCGUUCUGCAUUCAAGCUUAUUCAAUUAAAUAAAAAAUAUAAUUUUUUAGAAAAGUCCCGAUGUUUGAUAGAUUUAUGUGCUGCACCUGGAGGCUGGUUACAAGUUGCGAAAAAACAUAUGCCUGUAUCAAGUUUAAUUAUUGGUGUUGAUCUUGUACCUAUUAAACCAAUUUCAAAUAUUAUAACUUUUCAAGAAGAUAUUACUACUGAUAAAUGUCGUUCCACAAUUCGAAAUGAAUUAAAAACCUGGAAAGCUGAUGUAGUACUUCAUGAUGGUGCUCCAAAUGUGGGUAUUUCUUGGUUGCAAGAUGCUUUCUCUCAAGCUGAAUUGACGUUGAAAGCGUUGAAAUUAGCUGUAGAAUUUUUGAACAAAGGAGGCACAUUUGUGACUAAACUUUUCAGAUCCAAAGAUUAUAACAAUUUGAUAUGGGUCUUCAACCAAUUAUUUAAAAAGGUAGAGGCUACAAAACCGGCUUCAUCGAGAAAUGUUUCGGCGGAAAUUUUCGUUGUUUGUCGUGAUUUUCUUGCCCCUAAAAAAAUUGACUCGAAAUUUCUUGAUCCUCGAGCAGUUUUUAAGGAAGUUGAGAUUGGACCUGUAAACAAACCUAUUGAUGUUUUACAUCCAGAAAAAAGAAAACGGCAAAGAGAAGGUUACGAAGAUGGGAAUUAUACUUUAUAUAAAGAAAUUUCUGUCUUAGAUUUCAUUAAUUCCGAUGAUCCUAUUCAAAUUCUUGGCGAUGUUUUAGGCAAAAAAGAAUUUAAAAACCUUUUAAAAUGGCGAAAUAUCGUUAAAGAAAAAAAGCAGGAUCCAUCAAAUGAAAAUGAUGAAAAUUCUACUAAAAAUAAUGACGAAAAAGUUGAUGAAGAUCAGAUAAUUCAAGAUGAGCUUGAUAAACUCACUAAAGAAAAACAAGCUCAAUUAAAACGACUCCGUCGAAAAGCUAAUGAAAAACGACAGAAAAAUGUUGUUCGAAUGCAGUUAAAGAUGAUUUCCCCCACCGAUAUUGCAUUAGAGAGUUCAGGUCCUGAUGGUGGUGAUCCAUUAUUCGAUUUAAAACAAGCUGAUAAAACUGGGGUGUUGAGAAAAAUACGCAAAGGAGAUAUGGACGUGAUUCUUGAACAAGACAUCGAUGAUGAUGACAUUGUGAUCGAAGAUCAAAAAUUGUUAAAAGACAAGGAUGAAGAUAAUGAGGAUAAUAUUGAUAUUCAAUUUGAAGAUGAAUUAGAUGAGCUCUAUGAACAGUAUGUAGAACGCAAGGCAGAACGUGAUGUAAAAUAUAGAGUGAGGAAAAUGCGAAAGGAAUAUGAAGAUUGGAAUGGUAUUCAAAAAUCUGAAAGUAGCGAUGAUAAUGAUGUGAAAUUUGUGCAUCCACAAGAUGACAGUUCUUCUAGCGAUAAUGAUUCUGAGUUAGAAAGUGAUUCAUCUAAUGAGUUAAAAGAAGAACCGACUAAAAAAAAGAAAAAAUUAUUAACAAACAUAAGCGAAAGCGAUGACGAUAGUAAAGUUAAAAUGGCUGGCGGUUUGAGUAAGAAGGCUGAACUAUUCUUUGAUAAUCCGCUAUUUAAAGAUUCAAAGAAGAUAGAUGUCUCAGAUAUUAAAGAUGGCGUAACUAAGUCUAAUGGUCAUUCUUUAAAACGUAAAGCUGAUGAUAUUGGAGAAGACGCAAAUGAUGAUAUUGAAAUAGUUCCUAGAAACAAAGAUAGCGAUGAAGAAAUGUGGGAUGCCAAUGAAGUUGACGAAGACGAGAAAAAAAUGAUGAGAGCAAAAGAAAUUGGGUUGAUCACCGCAGAAGCAGUAACUUUAGCGCAGCAACUAGUGAAUCGACAGAAGACAAAAUAUGACCUUAUAGAUGAAGGUUUUCGUCGAUACACAUAUAAUGAUAGGGAAGGAUUACCUGGAUGGUUCUUAGAUGACGAAAAGCAACACAACAAAUUGAAUGUGCCAGUAACUAAAGAGGCGGUGCAGGCAAUUAGAGAGCGGAUGAAAGCUUUAAACGCCCGUCCAAUCAAAAAAAUUGCCGAAGCUAAAGCUCGGAAGAAGAUAAGAGUUAUGAGAAAGCUCGCCAAACUCCAAAAGAAAACUGAUGCAAUAAUCGAAACUUCUGACAUGACUGAGAAAGAAAAGGCUAAUACUAUUUCAAAAAUGGUAAGUAAGGCGCAGAAUAAGGUCAAAAAAGAAGUAAAAUUGGUUGUUGCUAAAGGUUCUGCCAAGGGUAAUAAAGGUCGCCCAAAAGGUGUUAAAGGAAGAUACAAGAUGGUGGAUUCACGACUAAAAAAGGAUGCUCAGGCAUUGAAAAGGGUCAACCAGAAAGUUGGCUCAAGAAAGAGGCGAAGAAAAUAA